UGUUUUCGAUAGAUGGGAAGGUUUAUUUAAUGAAAAUCAAACAGAUAAUUUUGUUGAAACCAUAAAUGUUCAAAAGGUGUAUAAUUGUGUGACGUGUGCUCAUUACAGGUGUAUUGGGUGGUAUACUCCCCGUGGAGCUGGGAAUGUAAUAUGAGUGCCUACCAAUGCCCUGGCCAUGGUGAUAACAGUGUAGUGCCAUGAACAUGCUUUAGAGCAUGGAUACAGUUCAACAUUAUGAGUCUAAAGCUACACAGAUUAUAGCUGGUCAACACAGUUACACUAGUGAGGAUGCAGGGGAUGAUGAUGCAGGUAGAUGGUCAGAGAUAUGGAACAUCUCACUACAACAGACCUGGGUCCCGGUCUAAGGACCAUGUCCAAGAAAAUGUUCGUCGCAUGCGGCAGAUACAGAGAAGAAGUAAACAAAGGGAACAAGAAUCCCAGCAGCCAGUCAAAGUCCUGUGGAAGUCAGCCCAAUUCUCAGAUGUACAGUCAAAGAUCAAGGAUGAUAUUGAGAGGCCUCCUUCAGCACCAAGACCACACUCAGCUAACUACCUCCGUGCCCACUCACGAGCAGGUCCCCCUGUGAAGCUUGAAUCUCGGCCAUGUACGCCAGACCCAGAAGUCUCCGUACCUCCUGCAGCAGAUGCCAAAAAUACCAAGCUUGUCCGACGUGAUAUUGACUUCAUCAAACUGAAUGGGCGCACAGUAAAACACACCAAGAUGCAGCGAGCUCCAAGUCUCACAGCUUUAGAUGACCUGAAGAAGAAAGAUGAAGACAAAUUACAGAACUACCAGCGAGGAGAAGUGCCCAAAUAUUUGCGGACCCGUCAGGCCUCAUGGAAGCAGGAGGAAGCAGAGCGUGUGGCCAACACUCCGGACCCCGCCAUGCCGCCAGGACACAAGAUGAUGCCAGAGGCUGAGAGGACAGAGACACUCGGACUGCUCAGGAAAAAACAAGAUGACCUUACUCGUCAGCUGCAGGCGCUACCCCUGAGGAACGACACCUUCAGAGUGCGGACGUGUAAACAGGAACUAGAGAACAAAAUAGCUGAAGUAGAAGAAGCCAUUAAGAUAUUCUCAAGGCCUAAAGUCUUCGUCAAGGAUGAAUAACAAUAUACUGUUUAUUUGAUUGACAUUCCGUUGAAGGAUUCCUUGCAAGAACAGUGGAAGCACACCGGUAUUUGGAUCCUGUCAAGAGUGAACCCAAUGAAACUCUACAUUGUACUAAGCCUUUUAGUGAUUCCUACAGGGCAAAAUUCGAAUGUAACCUGUUCAACAACAAUCAGUUGAAAAAUCCAACUAUGAGGUAUCUAUUUUCUGUCGAAAAUGAAGAUCUAUGGCAGGUUUCUCAAACACUUAAAAUCAGAACUGCUUCAUAACUCGUAUAUAUAUAUUAUUGGAGAAGAAAAAUAACAGGCAGACACACACACUCUUCUUGUAACAAUGAGAAUUUAGAAACUAGAAAUUUAAAAAUUAGCGGGCACAAAGAAGAUUGUGUGGAACAUGAAUAGUACACAUCAUAAGCAUAAAUGAAGAAAAUGACUUUUAAUCAGUACUUAAAAAUAUUAAACUAAGUUAUUAUUAUUAUUGGAUUUUCUUUAGAUGUUUCAUUUGUCUAAAGGCUGUGUUUGUAGAGAGUUUGUUUCUUGGUACAUGUGCCCUAUAAUGCCUACAACGGUAAUAUGUUCACCUAUACACAA